CAUCUUUCGUUGUGUCGUUGUAUGUGUCAAAUUGGUAGGCACUGUGAUGUUGUCAUAAACAAAUUCAACGCAGAAAUAUUUGCAUUAUUUGUCGUAAAAUAUUAGGAGAAAAAUGGGUGAACCAAGUACGUUCCCAGUGUUUAAAAAGGCCACCCUCGAAGACAAUUCAAUUGGAAAUAAAAAACGCGCAUGGAAGUCACUCAAACAGAUUUUAGCCACGGAACGAACACUACAAUGGCCUGAGAAUGCAGUUACAUACUCAUCGAUCAAUGCUCCACCGUCAUUUUUACCAGCCAAAAAAUACUCCGACAUCUCGGGAUUGAUUGCACCGUACACUGAUCCACAGACGAAACUUAAUUUUCACAACGCCGAGGAAUUUGUUACCGUACGAAGCUUGCCCAGCGAUCUCACAGCCGGCUAUUUAUCUCUGCGUGGUGCCAGCAGUAUCGUCGGAUGAAUUCAAUUUACAUUCAUAAGUCAAAUUAAGAUACAAAUUUAGAACCAAUAGCAAAUUGAAAAUGUCAACGAGUACAUCAACAAACCUUGUUCAAUGUCCAUAAUUCAAUUGAUAUUUAAGAGACAUUUUAUAAUGUCAACUUUUGAAAUUCAAUUUAUAGCUUGAAAUGUACUUUCAGUAGUGUGAAGAAUAUUGCUGUUGAUAAAAAUUGUUGUGAAAACAAACAGAUUUUUUUGAAUAUCUGAAUCCAUUUCAAUUUGUUGAUAUGAUAUACAAAACUAGCUUGACUGAAACUAAAAUCUUCAUCAGUAAUUGCAUUUUUUUUUAUUCAUUUUAUUAGAAAUAAAACUAAACUUGACCUAAAA